AGUGUUUACAAAUGUGUCGGAGUGGUGGGUUGUCCGAAUAUUUCUGUGUGCAGUGUUGGUUACAACUAGUAUUUAUGAAGACGAACAGAAGUGGCACAAAGCACAAGAGCAUAGAACCAACGCAUUGAAGCAUUUAUUCCCGCAUUCCAGUUCACAUCAACCACAGGACAACUACGAUGUAGCUUUACCUUUUGGUGAUCUACGUUGGGUGCAGCUGCCCCCUGGUAUUGUGGUAUCGGCGACUUAAAAUUCGCAACAGUAUACAGCGCUAGAACGGAAGAAGUGCGAUGGGUAUCUGGGGCCUUCAGUCGUUCAUUGAUGGAAAACAAUGGUACGAAGAAGUGAACAUCAGAGACGUCGCACAGGAAUGGAGGCGCACAAAGACUGUGGAGCCAGUCAUUGCUGUUGAUGGUGCUGCCUGCGCCAGGCACAUAUACGGUACGGCAGAUAAGUUUUGCGGCGGUCAGUACAAGCAAUUCCGGGAGUCGUGCAGAACUUUUGUGCAGAGAUUUCGUGACAGUGGGAUCCGGUUAGUUUUCUUCUUCGAUGGCAUACCAGUAGAAGAAAAGAUGAAUGCUUGGGCAAACCGAAGAAUGUAUAGAUUGUUGCAGAUAUCGCAACUCUUUGCCGAUUUUCGUGCAAGACGUCUUACGAAAGAGACUAAGAGGAAAUUCUAUUUGACGCCAGAGGCCGUGGUGCCCACUGCAAGAGUCAUUUUUUGUACCGAACUGGACUGCAAAGUGCGUGUAGCAACCGAAGAUUGCGACAAUGAGCUGGCCGAGUACGCCGCUAGGGAAGACCAUUGUCUCGGCAUUAUAUCCAGCGACACUGAUCUGUUGGUGCACGAGGGAGUCCCGUGCCUCAUCCUUUUCAAACAUCUGAAGAUGACCAGCAGCUUAAAUGCGCGACGCUACAAUCCUGCCGACAUAGCCUCGAAACUGGGACUCCGGCGCGAACACCUGCCAGUCUUUGCGUCAUUCGUCGGCAACGACAUCAUCAUUAGGUCGCAGCUGGAAUCACUGCACGACAAGCUUUUUUCACGCUACGGCAAGGGCACCAGGGUCGAGAACGUCGCCAAGUUUGUCAGGGAUGGGCCGCCGGAGGAUGUUCCAGCUCUGUGUGCCUACGCCUUCGACGACCAGCCGAAUCACUUGGAGGACGAAGUGAGAGCGAGUAUCGACAGCUACAGGCGCGUGAACCCGGUUGCAGAGGAGCCGACUGGCGACGGCCCGUGGGGUGAACUGCUGCGGUUGGCCAAGGAGAGACACGUGAACUGCAAAAUGCCUGCCGUGGUGUACGCCGUAAUGAUGCGCAGGCGUUUCCGCAUCGGUGAGGUUCUAGAAGACCUAGCCAGGCAGCGCCCAACCGGAUUGGUGCUUCGGCCCAUGAGGGCCAGACUGUACGCUGUUCUGCUUCGAGAGCGAGGCCCGGACUCCGCCGAAGUGACAGAGAUGAUGCCCAUGGGCAUCAACGACAUACGCGAGGAGUCGGUGGCAGCGGCUCAGCUACCCACAAGCGUCCUUCACCCCGGACUUCGUGCCUUGUGGCAACAGGAGGACGUCGCGGGCCGAGACCAGCGGUGGCGGCUCUUCGCGUGGGUGACGUCACCACGGGUGAACCUUCCGGCGCUGAGGUCCGUGUGGCCAGCGCACCUUGCGGUGCCCGCUGUCGCACUCUCGUACCUGCGCCACGACUGUAACCCCGCCGCCCUGGGACAGACGGAGGCCGCGGUCUUCGCAGCCGUCGCCGUGGCCGUCGGCGACGCCUCCGCCAGCUUCCUCGCAGGUCCGGAUGUCGAGAGGGUCAACGUACGAGCCGUCUACUUGGCGACGCUCUUCGUGCGUACGGUGCUGCACGUGCUCGACGCAGCUGCGGCGUGCGGGCUCUCCUUCCCGACCGAGAAAGACUGCCUUCUGGAAGCCUACUUUGAUGGAAGAUACUUCCACGACGUGUACGCCGCGACUAUGUCGCAGCGACUGCGUGACCCGAGGCACUACCUUCAGUGGCGUGCCUCGUACGAAGCACAGUUUCAGCAGCUGGUAGAUGCAAUCGAAAGCACCAACUGAAGACGUUUGUAGCCCUUGGGGGCCCUUAACGCUCUCUUCUCGAGUCAGAAGGUUGGUUUUAUGUAGCUCCCCAAGAUGGCCAGUCUUGUGCAAGCUCCGUCGUCUCUUAAUUAUCUGCAUAAUUACGCUGUCUGAUCAAAGUAUCUGGACACCUGUUAGUGGACAUUAAUAAGGGGCGUGUUGACUCUUCGCCUUUAACUGUGCCGGGGUCAAUUUACAUGCGGAACAGAGCCGAUAUUGGACGCAUCGGGUAUAGAACGUCCUGAUUCACCAGUAGGUGUUCCACUGGCCUCAGAUCGGGACUCUCGUUAGGCCAGUUCAUUUCAGGGACGUUCGCCCCUGGUAGCUGAGUGGUCAGCGCGACGGCUGGGUCGGAGAUUUUUUCUCCGCUCAGGGACUGGGUAUUGUGUUGUACUUAUCAUCAUCCUUUCAUCCCCAUCGAGACGCAAGUCACCGAAGUGGCGUCUACUUGAAAGACUUGCACCAGGCGAAAGGUCUAUCCGACGGGGGCCCUAGCCACACGGCAAUUCCAUUUCAGGGACAUUGUUGUCCACAAACCAUUGCCCCAGAAAUGCUGCUUUAUGACAGAAUGCAUUGUCAUACUGAUACAAUUAAUCACCGUCUGCGAACUGUUUCUCUAUUGUACGCCUACGCAGUACACAUCGCUGUAAAAUGUGUUCCUAUCGUUUCGCAUUUAUCGUUUUCUUACGUAAAAUAACGGGAUCACACCCUAACCAUGAAGCACAACGCCAUACCGUAACACCAUGGUUCACAAUCUGCAGAUAGUUGUCCCCUGAGGGGUAAAAUGUAAUUUCUGUCAGGUAAAAAAGAAGGGGUUCAAUUGUGUCUGGGUCAUAAGAUUGAAGAAUUUUUAGGAGAUCAUUACUAUUAUCACUAUUCUGUGAAACUGAUUACAUAGGUUACUAAUAUUCUUUCUUUCAAAUACUGGCUUUUAGAUGGAGGUCACAGCUUCUGAAACGAAUGUAUGAACAACGUGUUCCUCACUAAAUGCGUGUUUUGUACUUUGUUCCAUCCAUCCAUGACAGUAAAACAGACAUGUACAUUACACAUGAUUAAGUAUCUCAGGAAAAUGGCUUCUCUGAGUUGUAAGUAGUUCCCUCAAUAGACCAGAAAGUGCUUCAUUAUUCACUUGCAAAUAUAAACGAAAUGGCAGCACAAUACAACAGUAACUAUGUAAUAUGUUAUUACUAUUAUUAUUUUUAUUAUUAUCAGUGACAGUGAUCAGAAAAAAGCAUUGGCAGCCUGAUGUCAUCAAAUUUUCGUCAGUUCAGAACCAAGGAGACAAGUAAUCAAGUGAUUUACAAGCAGUAGAUCUAAGUAUAGUGCACACGUUUUAAUUUAGUUUUUAAAUGGAAGUGCAGGGUUUGGGUGAAGCAAGUAUCACUGGGGAGAGGAGUGGUGCAGAGAAGGAAUGUUCUGUAAGAAGUGUCCACCUUCGUUGUGGAUAGAUAGCCUUCUUUUCUCAGCAGUGGUAGGUAGCAUUCAUUCUAUAAAAUGCAGUAUCAGUCUUCGAAGUGACACACUAGUUCGUGAUUUAAUAAGGCAAAUACAAACGCUAAAUACGGGGGCCGUUCAGUAACUAAUCCAACACAUUUAUUUCUGAAACCAGGUUGGUUUUAUUCAGGAUUACAACACACCAUAUCAUUUCACACUCUUUGGGCUGUCUUUCAACACAAUCUCCGUUCAAUGCGAAGGCCGUAGCCACCUUAUUUGGAGGGCUUGUAUGCCCGUAUGGUGCCACUCUACUGGUCUAAGUCGGAGCCACCGUCUUGCAGCACCAGUAACCUCCCCACCGAACUGCUUCCCGCGAAGGGCGUCCUUCAUCGGGCCAGAAAGACGUAAGUCGGAAGGUGUAGGGUGGAUGAGGAGGAACAGUUCAAUGAAGUUUUGUGAGCUUCUCUCAUGUGCGCAAACUUGGGUGAGGCUUUGCGUUGUCAUGGAGAACUAGAAUUUUGUGUGAAUUUUUGUAGCUGCGAACACGUUGAAGUGCAACACUGCGGAGUCACAGCUGUGUGCAGCUGGCCGGCACCAGAGAGAUCGGACAAGUUUUGCGACCUUCUUGUGAUGACUGACGUCUCGCCCAAGGACUCGGCAGGCUUUUAUUCACGGCAAAGUAGACAGUCUGCAAGCGCCUACAAAUAUUUGCGAUACUCUAGUUUUCCUACGAAAGAAUCUCAAUGACAGCUACCUGUUUGGAACCUACUUCUUUUACAGACGACAUUUUGAAGAGCACGUAUAGCGCCGCCAUCUAUCGGAACUUUAUGAAACUAUAGGGGCUGAUGCAGAAAUAUUCCACGAUGUCGCACAGCAAAUUCCACUUUUUUUUAACCUAGAAAAAAAAUGUGUUGUAUCACUCAUUGAACACCCCACACGAUUUAAAGAAAGAAAGCGCUCAGUGAAAAAUUUUUUGCGUUCAAAAGUUUAGUUUGGCAUUAAUGUUGUUGAUAAUAGGAGGAUGGCGGAAGGGCAGACGGCAGAGGGAUGCUACCUGAUGUCUGAUUGCAGUCAGGGAUAAUAGAAAGGUUGGAGACAACUGCCGUAACACCACCUCCUCCGUAUCUCCUAGUCGGCAUUAGUCUUGACACCAGGUAUUCUCCAGCUAUUCCGUUGGAUUGUCACGGGGUAUAACGUGAGUUAUCCCUCCCCAACACACGCGUUUCCAUUUAUACAUUUGUAAGCUGCGCAGCUCUAUGCAUCACUUACAGUGUUGCUUAGCAUUGACUACAGAUAUGUGUGGCCUGUGAACUGCCUACGCACAGUCUACCGGUGGCACUUUCGAUCUCACGAAUGGUUCCUUGGGCUGAUUUUAUGCGAUUUUUUACAACCACCAUUCGCAUUUACACCCCACAGUAACAUCACCAAUAGUUACCUUUGGCAGCUUUAGCAGCAGCAGCACUCCGUUCAGGCCAUAACUGGCCCAUCGGGACCAUCCGACCGCCGUGUCAUCCUUACUGAAAAUGCAGAUAGGAGGGGCGAGUGGUCGGCACACCACAUCCCGGUCGUUAUGAUGGUUUUCUUUGACCGGAGCCGCUACUAUUCUGUCGAGUAGCUCCUCAAUUGGCAUCACGAGGCUGAGUGCACCCCGAAAAAUUGCAACAGCGCAUGACAGCCCGGAUGUGCACCCAUCCAAGUGCCGGUCACGCCCGACAGCGCUGAACUUCGGUGAUCUGACGGGUACCGGUGUAUCCACUCCAGCAAGGCCGUUGCCCUUUGGCAGCUAUAGAACAGCUGAAAUGGUCCUGAUGGAUUUGUUUCUCAGGUGCCAUGCACAUUCAAAGUCAUUAAGCCUCCUUGACUGACUUGCUCUUGCGUUUGGUUCUAUAAUGGCAAUGCUACACAUCCUGUCUCCUUUACACUCGCGCUUCCGCCUCUGUUGAUAUCUGGUGGUCAAGUCUGCUUUUCACAGAGGUGCCCAGAUACUUUUGGUCAGAUAGUGUAUUGCAACCAACAUCAAUUUCAUUUGAACCUGCUGACUGUAUUCAAACCCGGCUCUCCCUCAACAGCUUUUGAACCUCCUCCUUCCCUCCCCCUACACGUCCCUCCAUUGGGUAAUUAAGAGGUCUUGGACGCUUCAAGAUGUGAACUUUUAGUCAGAUACUUCGAUAGAUUUCUUUUUUCCACAGUUCUGCUCAGUACCUCCUCACUAGUUAUUCGGUCUACCCACGUCUGUAAAGAAGAUUUGCAAACACUAAAAUUUGUAUUCAGCGUCAAGAACUUCCACUUUUUCAGUAAUGCUUUUCUUUUGCCAGUAUGCAUUUUGAUCCUCUCGACCUCGGCCUUCAUCACUUAUUUUGUUGAUCAAAUAGCAAAAUCUGUGUACUACUUUUAAUCUGAAAUUUCCUAGUUUCCUCAGCAUCGCCUGAUUACUUCAACUACACCCUAAUCACCCUCUUUUAUUUUUGCUGAUAUUCAUCUUACGAUCUCGUUUCAACGCGCUGUCCAUUCGAUUCAACUGCUCUUCCAAGCCAUUUUCCGUUUCUCAAAGAAUUAAAAUGUCCUUGGCAAAACCUCAGAGUUAAAUAUUUCUACAACCUGAAUUUAAGCUCACACUCUAAAUUUCUCCUUGGGCUCCUUUACCGUUCGCUAAAAGAACAGAUUGAAUAACAUUGGGCAUGUACUACAGCCGUGUCUCACCCCCUUUCUCAACUAAUACUUUCCUUUCAUGCAUUAUAACUGCGCUCUCGUUUCUGUGUGUACUGCGGAUAACCUUUCGCUCCUUUUAUUUUCUUCCUACUACCUACAAAUUUGAAAGAGUGUUUUCCAGUCAACAUUGUUAAAACUUUCUAUCGACAUUCGUUUGUAAAUGCUGUAAACCUAGAUUUCCCCUAUACUGAGGUGACAAAAUCAUGGGACACCACCUAUUAUCGUGUUGGACCUCCUUUCGUCCGUCGUAAUGCAGCAACUCGGCGUGGAAGGCAGUCGACAAGUCGUUUGAAAUCCCCUGUAGAAAUACUGAGCCAUGGUGCCUCUAUAGCGGUCCAUAAUUACUAAAGGGUUGGUGGUGCAGGAUUUCGUGCACGAACUGACCUCUCGAUUAUGCCUCAAAUAUUCGUGGGAUUUAUGACGGGUGAUCUGCGUGGCCAUUUCAUCCACUCAAAUUGUCCUGGAUGUUCUGAAAUGACGCUUUGUCAUCCAUAAAAUUCGAUCGUUGUUUCGGAACAUGAAGUCCACGAGUGGCUGCAGACAGUCUCCAAGUAUCCUAACUUAGGCAUCUCUAGUCAAUUACUGGUUCACCUGGAUCACAGGACCCAGUCCGUUCCAUGUAAACACCAUUAAGGAGCCACCAACAGCUUUUACGGUGCCUGGUUAGAAACUUGCGUGAGUUGCUUCGGGAUACUCUGCGCCAGACUCGAAACCCACCAUCAGCUCUUACCAACUGAGACCGGGAAUCAGAGCAGGCCCCGAUUCGCCAGCCGUCCAGGGUCCAACCGAUAUGGUCACGAGCCCAGGAGAGGCCCUGCAGAUACUGUGCCGUUCGCAAAGGCACUCACGUUGGUCGCCUGCUCCCAUAGCCCAUUAACCUCAAAUUUUGCCACAUUGUCCUAACGGAUACGUUCGUCGUACGCCCCAUUUCAAUUUCUGCAGUUAUUUCACAUAGUGUUGCUUGUCUGCUAGCACUAACAACUCUAACACAAAUGCCGCUGCUCUCGGUCGUUAAGCGAAGGCCAUCGGACACUGCGUUGUUCGUGGUGAGAGGUAAUGCCUGAAAUGUGGUAUUCUCGGCACAGUCUUGAUAGAGUGCAUCUUGGUAUGUUGAAUUCCCCAAUGAAAUGCCGCAUGCGUCUAGCUCAAAGUAACAUUCCGCGUACAAAGCCGUGUGGCCAUAAUCACAUCAGAAAGCGUUACAUACUUUUCACAUGUAUCCCCUGAGUACAAAUGACAGCUCCGCCAAUUCAGUACACUGUUGUAUCUUGUGUACACGAUAGUACCGCCAUCUGUGUAUGUCUAUAUCGCCAUCCCAAGACGUUUGUCCCCUUAGUGUUUAUUCUGAGGUAAGUCGUAGGGCUAAUACCGCCUCUAUGUUUCAAAAUUCCUCUGGAACCGAAACUCUACUUCCUCGACGUGGCCUUCCAGCAGUUUUUUUUAUUCUGUUUCUCGUAGCAUCGACGCUCUUCUGUCUCCUCCUACAGUAAUCAUAUCCCGAAAUUUUCUCUCAUUUCAUCCAUUGAUUCUGUGUAGUAAAAGUCAAGCAACAAAUUUUAAGCUACAACCUAUCCGAAAAAGUUCCUGAAGCUUCUUGCUUGACUGUCACUUUAUUUUCCCGUCCAUUUCUUAGUAUUUUUGAUCUGUCUAUGCCACAUGUUAGCAGCGCCAUGUGACACCAGGGAAUAUACGAGAGGUGAAAUAACGACACAACACCGCAUAAGAAAAGUCUGUAGUGUCUCCCACGCCAAAUACAGAGUAUUUCACAAAGUAACUUCGUUGGACGCGGUUCAUGUUAGAAGGCCAGAGGGGUGACUGAUUGUCAGCAGCAUUUUUCUGUUUCCAAAGUGUUUAAUAGUGGUCGAACUACACAAUGUACUUUUUGUCUGGGGAGUAAUAAUGUCAUGCCGCUUUAGAUAGUUUAGCACUUUUGUCUUCUUCAUUCAGAAGGUGCAACACUGAGACACGGUCACUGCUUUAAGAGUAUCGCAGUUGAAAGUAAUCUCUGCUGAAAACUAAUAACGUUAACAAUCUCCAGUCAGCUGGUCAGGUAAAUAUCAAAACACUUUACACCUUAUAUUAUAAUAUACUGGUAUAUUAAUAUUUCCCCCAUCAGAUAUCCGAAUCAGGCCACUGUGUGACCAUAUGUCGUUUCAUUUUAACUGCAGAUUCCUUUUAUUUUUACUUUGUAGAACUUCGAUUCUCUUCAGUCUAGACCUAAACUGGGACGUGGCAAAUAGUUUCUAACUCAAAACUUUUUUGGGAAGUUUAUUCUAUAAGGAGACCUUGGUUAGAACUAGCAAUUGGAUCCAUUAUCAUAGUACUGUCUAUAAAAUACUUUCGUAUGUCGUCCCAAACUACUAAACACACUAUUUUUCAAUACAUUCAUCUCACCCUUCAUUCUUAAAAUAUCAAUGUGAUCGUAUGUUUUGCCAUUGACAAAUAAAUGUGACACCUGUGAAGAGCAUCUAAUGCACAACAGACGGGACACAGAGACAUAAUCACCCUGGUAGCCCUUUUUCUAUUCAUUCUGUCUUCUCAUUUUGAACAUUGUCAGUUAGGUUUGUGAAUUGUCAUUUUUAUUGCUGCCAAUAUUUUUAGCUGCAUUUGAGGACUUGCAGUAUGAACUGUUUAUAAUUACCAGUUUUAGUAGCUCAGGAGAAGAGAAAAAUUUAGUAUUACUUGACAUACUUUUAUACACUUACUUUCGAAUAAUAAUUAUUAUCUGUUGUCAUUGUUCUAUGGGUAAUGUAGGUCUUUUAUUAUUUUCUUAUUAUAUGCUGCCAUUGAUUUAUGAUUCUUUCUGUAUCUAUUAUCGUAUUUUAUCACAUCCUAUGACAGUGGUUUGUAUUUCAAUGUCACUGUGUUUAAUAACUGUUUCCAGAUGACUGAUAUUUUCUAUUUUGUACUGUAUUAGUUUAAGUUUUGUGUGUUACUGCCUUUGACGGGUACUUCUUUUUAUUCAUCUUAAUGUGAGAUUAUGCAGUUUUAAUAAAUCCAAUAUGCAAAAUUC